CGAUAUAUUUCCGCGGGAGUUGUUUGUGUUAUCGCCGUGAAGAAGCCAUUCCACAUUGCACCACAGUCAUAAAAGAUGCCACGAAAGAAAUCUGAAGAUUUUUAUAGAACUCAUGGCUUUACUGCCAAUUUGUCUAAUGGAAAAUACUCCGCAACUUGCCACUACUGCGACCGAGUUUUGCAGAACACAGCGCUUUCGCGCCUAUCUUUACAUAGACAAACAUGCGAUCAGAGAAGGGGUAGAUACACUGAGCCCAUUCAAAACAAGAGCGACGAGGCUGACUCUUAUGAUGAGCCUCUGAUAAAGAUUCAAAAAAUUUCGAGCGCCGAAGAUGUCGAUUUCGACAAUGCCCCUGAGGGAAAGGAGAUCAUUGUUAAGAUACAACAAAUUCUCGACGCCGCCGAUGAGGAAAGUGGAGAAAAACGACCAACUAUUAUUAAGUCCGAGAUACUGCAACAAAGUAAUACCAAGGGUUUGAAUCAAGGACAGAACGUCGAAAUACAUAUCUCAAAUGAGGACGAGUCUGCCCACGAAUUCUUUGAACUCGUUAAUGAUAACAACAAAGAGCCUAUUUCGCAGCACUACAUAAUCCCGGAAAAUCUGGAUGACGGGGUUCAAGAAGCAGCCACUAUUGUGGCCAGGCCCAAAAGCAAUUUAGCCUCCUUGCGAGCAGAGAAGGCACGGGCAGAAAUCAAACAGUUCCAGAGUAAAACCAAGUUCCUUAAGACGGAAACGGAAAACCUGAAACUAGUGCGAACACUAACCCUCUUAAAAAUUCAAAAGUUGCGAUUAGAAAUCGACGCUCUGCGCGCUCAAAAUUAAUUUUAAGUUAAUGUACAAUUUUACAUGUCAAAAUUUAGUUAACUAUCUAUGUAAAUCGGCCUUGUAGAAAUGUAUAGUACACAUUGCAAUAUGUACAUAUGUACGUAUGUAUAUGUUGUACAGUGUGUGGAAAAGCUAUCGAUAACUAUCGAUAAAACUAUUAUUUCAAAUACAUAACAAUUUUGAAAAUUUCUUUAAAAAAAAGUAUAUGUUUAUUUUAAGUAGUAGUAACGACAAGUAAAAAUGAAAAAUAAACUAAGAUUGACGCUUUAAAUAAAUAAAAAAAAG